UUUUAAAGAUGGAGGAAGUGAGCACGUCGAAGAAGAGUUUUCUCAACAUGACUGUUUUUAGAUUGUUAAUUGCCUUGUUAUUGACUAACUUUUGUUAUUGUCAAGUACCGUUGGUGAUGUGGACGGAUGAAGGGAAUGCUCUGCCAUCUCUGGAUCCUCCUACUGCUGGUCAGAUGAUGUCUGUGACUCAAGUGAAGUCCUACCUCAGCUCAGCACUGUCCACAGCACCCCACACCGUUCUAUUGUUUCAACAAGACAAAUUAAGCAUAGAUGACUUCACUGUGUAUGGAGGUGUCUUUGGAAACAAAGAGGAUGGAGCAUUUCCCAGCCUACAGGCACAUUUGAGAAAGGCCUCCGCUCCACUGGUCUUGCCAAGCAUAGACAUGGGUGUGGCUUCAGAGCUGGCGGCCCUCCUACAGGAAGUGCUGGGUACUCCUCCGCUUCACACCGAUCCCUCCAGCCUUGACGGCCUGGCCAGCCAGCUCACAGAUCCUGCCCUCCUCGUCAUCCGUCUGCCUUAUGGCAAAGGUAUCCUGAUUAAAGAUGUGCUACAUCAAAAUGAUGUGAUUAUAGGCAAAGCGCUGCAAAUCGUGCAGGAAGCAAAUGUGCCAUAUACUGCAAUCUACACCGGACUGCAACCCUCACGGGUGAUUGCAGACCCCUCCCCCAUGGGCGCCCAGCUGGUGGGCCGCUCCUUGCUCCAGUCCCCGACCCCCAGCCCUGUGAAGCCCCCUGUGGUGUUCAACGGGACCCAGGGCCCCUGCAUCCUGCUCUGGGCAGACGCGCUGAACGUCAGCUUUGAGCGUCAGCCCAACCAGUGGGACUCCGUGGACCUGGCUCCCUUCACCUUCUCUCCCACUGUGUCACUGGCGGGCUCCUCAUGCAGUGAAAACUCCUCACUCCUUGUAUUGAACUACAAUAGCGUCCUCAACUUCACCAGUCUAAGCCUGACGUUCUCGAUGACCAAGCGGUUUUCCUCGGUGUCUGCACGGAACUGGUCCCUGGUUGAGCAGGUCAGGGUGGCGUAUGAUGGCCAGGUUGCCACUUUCAAUGGCAGCAGGGAGAUCUACUCUCCCGCCGAGUACUCCUACCACUGCCAAAUGGUCAGCAGCACCACUGACCCGCUACUCGUGGCCUUCAACGUCACCGACAAUGCCAGGUCAUGGAGGAUACUCUUCACAGACUUCCAGAUCCAAGGCUUCAAUGUGACUGGGGACUUCUCGUAUGCCAGCGACUGUGCCUCUUUCUUCACUGGGGGGAUCUGGAUGGGCCUGAUCACCACCCUCCUCAUGCUGCUUAUCCUCACCUACGGCGUGCACAUGCUCACGCAGCUGCGCACUAUGGACCGCUUUGAGGACCCCAAGGGGCCCGGCAUCUCUGUGCCUCUCAGCGAGUAAGCUGGCCAAGGCAUUCUGGAAACGGACCUCCAUCCCCCUUUGCUACCUUCCUCCAGUCUCAGGCUGAAUCUCAAAUGGUGCACUUGUGCACUUUAGUGUUCAUGUUUCAGUGCGCAUGCCGUAUUAGUUACGCACUGAAACAUAGUGCCCGAAGUGCAUAAGUGUGCCAUUUGAGAUCAAGUUUCUAAAAUGUCAGUCUCUCUGGGUUCUUUCUAGUAUCCUAACCUAUCUCCCUUGCUCCCUUGCCUGUUUGUGGCCUCGUGAUGACGUCACUAACGACAGAAAUGUAUUUCAAUAUCUUGCAAAAGCGCAAUUCCAUUGUCAUUUUCUCAUUUGCAAUUGGGAUGGUGAAUGAAGAACAGUCCCGCCAAACGUUGUUGUGGCUGGGCUGACGGCGGGGAAACUUGAUUGUUUUCUCCACGGAGGAGGGGCGUCAGUGAAACACGAGGCCACAAGCACAGCCUGAGGAUGGGAGUCCGCAUACAGGAAAGAACCUUUAGUGUCUCUGUGUAGAAUCAGGAUCCGUUUGCCUGCCAUUAACGGAGGUUUUGUGUGUAGAAUCAGGAUCCGUUUGCCUGCCAUUAACGGAGGUUUUGUGUGUAUGUGCCUUCGUGGUAAGUGCCUUCGUUGCUCUUGUCCUCAAGAUCAUUCCAUUCCUGAGAACUCCAGCCUGUGCCUUUUUUUGUGUGUGUGUGCAAAUUUUACCCUUCACCUUAAAUACUUGACAUAUUUAAUGUAUUUGAAAGGGUGUGAAAGUGACAAUUUCUGAGCUAAAUGAAGACAGAAUAAUUAAUUUAUACAGUACAUAUGAAAUGCCAUGUCCAGCGCCAGUAAGCAGGAGACUCUGGUCAUUUGGAUCAUUGUACUCCUCCUCUCUGUACCUGUUUGCUGAUUACACGUAUGCGGAUAUUUUUACAUGCAGAUUUUUUCAUCCGUUCUCGUGUAAACACGACAUGUGUAUAAAAAAUAAAUCUGAAUUGUGGCAAGUGCAUUAUAGCCCCCUAAAUGCACAUUGUAAACUCGUGUAAAACUUGUAAACGGGAGGCCAAAACCAAUGCGUUUUCAAAAAUAUCCACAUACGUAUAAACAGUGUCUAAAUAUUCUCCAGGUACCCUUUGCUUUCUUUGUCCCUUAUCAUUGUCACUUAUCCGUCUGCAGCACAGAGUAAAUCACUGAAUUACUGUCCCAUAACUACGAUACAACAACCUUAUUCUUCUACGUUUAAAGGUGCACUGUGUAAUAUUUUCAGUAGUUUAUUCACAGAAUUCAUUCUGGCCAUUCACAAAUUUUACCUUUUUUCGUGAAUAUUUACCACCACCAUCAAAUCUAAGUAUUCAUUAUGACUAGGAAAAUUGCACUUUGCAUGCAUGAAAAAGGGGAUCUUCUUCAUUGUCUGCCAUUUUGAAUUUCCAGAAAUAUACAUGAAAAAAUUCACUGUACUCUGGUCGUAGGACUAGAAAAUAUUAGUUAAUGAAUUAGUAAAUAUUCGUGAAAAGUUCAAAAUUGGCAGUAGAAAGUACAGCUUUAUUGAGCAGCAUGGUUGCAAUACCUACUCUAGCCACCAUCCUACACAGUGCACCUUUAACAUUACAUAUGCAUACCGCCAACACGGCUUACUUUGCCUCAUUUGUGUAGAGGCUGCUGCACUUACAGUUGCUUGCUGGAGUAUUCAUCAUACCCCUUGAAACGUUCAACAUUUUGCCACGUAACAACCACAAAUUCAAGUGAAUUUUACGUUAAUUGAAGUUGAAAAUAUUUACAAAUUAACACACGAUUGUGAUGUGGGGAGAGUUCUACUCUUUUAAAUUGUUAAAUUGUUUGUAUAAAUAGGCUACUUUGUUGGCCCACUUUUUGGGACAUGUUCAUUCUGUUUCCCAUACAUGGAGACUGCAAUUUUAGCCUAUUCCCUUCAGCAAAACAGUUGGUUGAAAUUGGGCGGAAUUUAGCUAAUUUUUGCAUUUUUUUUUUGAACUUUUUGGGCGGGAUUUGAUUAGACACAUCUGGCAAGACACAUGUGCCACAUUCUCCCUCUUUUGCUCUCAGAAGUAUUAGGACAGUCUAACACUUGGAUUUGUGUGAAUUUCAAACAAUUUCAUCGCAACCUUAGCUUAAUGUAGCUGUAUCGUCUUGCUAAAAGGUGAACCUUUGUCCCAAUCUCAGGUCUUUGGCAGACUACAAUAGGUUUUAUUCACAAAAUAUUGAAAACUUGAAGGGGUAGGAAUGAUUCGGCAAGCCACGGUACCUUUCCCAAAAUGUUGGCUACACCGCAUUGAGUGCAGUAGGCAGACAGAAGAGUGUGCCUUUUAGUUAUUAUUACAGCAUGUGCCUUGUGGAUCUUGAUGCCAACUCCUCUUUUAUUUUGCCUAGUUGAAUAUGUGAAGAGCCUUUUUAUAUGUGCACUUACUAGUAAACCCUAGGGCUGCACACUGUUGUGUAUGAUGCAUAAGAACAUGUUCAAGUGAAAUUGUCAUCUUAACUUCCUGUGAACAAAUGUGCAAGCAAGACCAUAGUAGUCUGUGGUUCAAAUAUUGUAGUGUAACAAAUAUAAAUGCAUUAUUUAUUGUGCAGCCCUAGGACAUUUAAACGUGACAAUUAGUUGUGUCAGGAGAGGAGUGCCUGAUGUGUGUUUGAUGUGAGCUCUGCCAAAUAUUGAAUGUUUUUGCUGAAAAUGUUUGUAAGGGGGUGAUUCUCAUUUGCCAAUUAUGUGUGGUAGUCCAGGCACAUUGUAACUCUCAUGCAGGCCUCUGAGUUGAUACAUAAAUGAAAGGCGCUAAAACUUUGUGGCAGUGUUGAUUCAGCUUUUGAAAUAAAAUUUUGUCAACAAGA